CUCUUUAGGACCCCGGGGACACCUCUCUGCGGCAGCAAUAGCUGCAGCGCGGACGAUUAAGAAACGGAGUUCUAAACCAGCGCGAGCAUUCCUCGAGGUAGGGGAUAGCAGCGAGCCUGGCAAACUAUUAUACACCCCUGCAACAGGAUACACGUUGCUCAACCUUGCCAACUUCCCAACGAGCCUUACUUUCUUCUCUGCAUUUUAUGGAUUGGUGUUGUGUGGCACAGAGAAGCAGAGUGAGGAUUGGUGUGUGGCACAGAGAAGCAGUGUGAAUCGGUAUGAGUCUCUUGCAGUAGCGCUGCACGGAAAUUUGCACCAGAUGGAACACUGAGGGGGUGACAUCCCCCCCAACUUGUGCAUCUAAGUUUGGUGACUUACUGACUGAAGGGUCUAAGGGUGUAUGUAACAGGAUACCUUGUCCUCUGUCAUGCCUGGUGGCAGUGGCUCUGAAAAGAAGAUGGCAAACAUACAGCAAGACCUUGGAAAAUUGUUAAAUUAGAAGAAAGACUGGCUGCCAUAUUUCUCACAUAUUAGAACAGCACUUUCCUCUCUCCAUAAUGGAGGACAUUUAUGAACUGCAGCAUCCAUUGCUUGAUAAGUGUUCUGACACCAGUAUAUUAAAUGGAGCUAGGAUGGAAAGGGAGUGCUGUGAGGUAGUAAAGGAAAGACAAAGCUUAUUUCCUCAGCAGCUAUGGAAAUGCAUUUCUCAGGGCACCUUCUCCCAAAGCAGUCCAAGUAUGGAACUCAGACAACAGCUUUUGGAUGCUGGCACUCUCCGCAGAACUGUGCAGCCUUACUGCAGCCCGGACCCUGCUGUAUAUUCAGACUUGGGCCUCUGGAAGGCUACAGAACCCCACAUGUGGAAGAAAAAGGACUACAUUGAGACUGCCUUUGUUGGCCUAAACAAUGGGAUUAAAGAGAAUGGAGAUGGCAUGAACAAGAAACUUUUGUCCGAACAGGACAUCCACACCGUGUCUUAUGAAGUGGGAGAUGAGGAGCUACCAGACAUAGAGAAUAACUCAUCCAGCGAGAGUGAUACAGACAGUGAAAGCAAUUUUUCUGUGAUCAUCCCACAUGACUACCUUGGGCUAGCUGUCUUCUCUAUGCUUUGCUGUUUCUGGCCUUUGGGAAUUGCAGCAUUUUAUUUGUCUCAGAAGACCAACAAGGCUUCAGCAAAAGGAGACUUCCAUGGUGCUGACUCUGCUUCUCGUCAAGCAUUCUGCAUGGCUGUUCUUUCGAUAAUGCUCGGGAUCUGCACAUAUAUUGGAGCAAUGCUGGCACUUGUAGCCUAUUUAUCUAACAAGGAAUCAGCUUAGAACAGUGAUUAUACCAGGAUGGUAGUCUGCAAUCAAAACAGCAUGCAAUAAACAAGGAGAGAAAAAAAAAAGUAAUUCACUCCAUCCUGGCAUUUAAUAAUCAACUGCUUGGAAUGUCACACUGGCCUUGCUGUUUAUGCCUAAUAGACCUUUUUAUGGGAAGGCAUUAUCUAUAUGUUUUAUAUCUGUGUUACUGUAAAGGGCACCGUAUGCAGUAAUAUGAUAUGUCACUGGACCACACACACACACACACACACACACACACACACACACACACACACUCACAUAUAUAUACACAUGAAUGGAAUAAGAUAAAGUGAGCAUAAAAACUUACCAAACAAUGAUGUAAUUAAAUGUAGAGUAUCAACAAUAAAAUAUAUUUAGGUACCAGACUGGUGAAACGUCAUUAUACUAAUUCUACAAACUUUUAUUUUAAAAGGAUCAAUGUAAGUUUCACAUUUGUCAUGAUUUCCCACUCUACUUUUCUAGAGGAAGGCAAAGUAUUUGUGGUAGUGUUGUGUAGUGCUGAAACCUAAGAAGAGCUGUGUUUAUCUUAAAUAUUGCACUGCCCUUGGAUUGUACAUGCCAGUCCUGUAAAUGCCUGUAAAACAUUUUUUAAGUAAUAAUACAUAAACAAGUGUAAUUCUAAAUGCAGCAACAUUGCAAAUGGAAAAAAAACAAGCCAUUGGAAGUUAAUACUUAAAUAAAUUUUACCUGGCUGUCUGUUUUUUAUUUUUUAUUCCACUUUUGGUAAAAUGUAAUAAUUUGAUGUAGUGUGUGUCAGAAGUCCAUUGAAUGCUAAUAAAAGUGUAUGUCCUAGUGCCAGUUAUAAUGAGAGUAUGGUAUGCUCACUUUCAUAAUUCAUUUAUAGUAGCCAUCUUCCAUGCUCAGCAUGUCUGCUAAACAAAGAGGUGGGUGGGCACCUCUGAACAUUAUUAGUACACAUCAUCCUUAUGUGCCCAAGACUCAUCCGUUAGGCAGUCAUGGGAAGUUAUGUUUGUUUGUUUUUUUAGUAAAA